GUGCGCGGCCCCUUUAAGACCGUGCGCGUCCCCUUUAAGCCCGUGCGCGUCAUGAAGAGACUCAGGUGAAUGUGAGGGGAGCUGUGAGGAAGCGCUACGAGCCGUUUCAAGUUCAAGUGUGUGCGUACAUCAAAGAAAACCACACAUAUACAAACCCUCCUUUCUCCAGUAAAGUUUAAUCAAUAUCUGAAUGGUGCUUGACUCAAUUCUUGGACUCUAAUCGGUUCACCAGGAUAAAGUGUACCUAUCCAACAGUCCUUAAGUCAGUUUUAAUUUCCAAUCCAACAACUGGUCCUUCGAGCCGGAUAUGCACUUCCCUGGAUAAAGAUGUCAGCCCAUUCUAAACCAGGAAAUCCUGCGGUUCGUCCUAAGCGUCGUCCUGCCUACUUACAAGAUUAUGAGGUAGAUUUUCUGAGUUCAUGUAAAUCAAUGCCAUCAAGUAGUCAGAGAGAGCAAGCAGUGGAGUCAUCUGAUGAUGAUAACUCUUCCUCACAUAUCACAGCAUCAGUCAGAAAACCUAAAAGAGCACAUAGUUUUCCUGUUCCUUUUCCUCCUCUAAGCCUGACUGCCAGAGAUGAGAGUUUCGACACCCCACACAACCCUCAGCAACGUACUUCUCAACGACGCACCCCCAGUCUUUCCUGUCAGGCAUCAUCGCUAAGUCAAAAUCGUCAACCACAAUCUCAGGUUCAUGCAGAGUUCCUUACCUGUGGUGAGAGUGGUGGUUACCAGAGCGACCGAUCAGAUGCUGGCACUGUAACGCUGCAGAGGAUCUUAGAGGAAAAUUCUAAUCUCCGUGAAACACAGCAGGCCAUUCAAGGUUAUCUGAAACAGAUCGAGACAGCUAAAGACGAAUUGGUUCAGCUCUUAGAGAGAGCAUGUAAUCUCCAAAGGCCUUCAGCUACUCCCAACACCCAGUCUAUUCAUCCAUCUGUUACAUUUCACCAUGGGGUACAGGCGGAUGAUGACGACUGGCCAGAGCCUCCUCCGCCUGUUUCCUGUGAGGAGCCGAGAUUCGUGAAAAUGCGAGAAAUCACAGAUCAGUAUAAUGACAAGCACAAGAGUAUCAGUGACACCAGAGUCCCACCUACACUUAACUCUAAACUCACCUCUGCAGAUAGGUCUAUGGACUUCAAGCAUUCAAGUCCGCGUGAGGAGUGGCUGAGGUAUGGUCAGUUUCCUGCCCCGCAGAUGAGUUCCCAGUAUGUUCAUGAUCAAACAUGGGAUACACCGAAACAUCCUUAUCCUGGGCAUCCCCGAAUGGCAUCCCAUAACAUAUCACCUACCAUGGCGUCUGUGGAUACUACAGAGAAGUAUUACAAAGGACCAAGCCCCACUAUUCCUUACUUCCGAAACAAAGAUCCGAGUGAGUUCGCACGUCUGAAGAUGGCCUUGGAUAACCUCUUACCACCUGACAGUACAGAAAUGUUCAAAUAUCAGAUCCUAGUUGACCAUCUAAAGCUAGAGGAUGCUUGUCUAAUAGCUGACUCCUACCUGCAUUCUCCAACACCGUACCGGGACACCAUGAUGGCCCUCAACGAGCGAUUUGGUCAGCCUCACCAGGUAGCAUUGAAGAGGAUUGCCACUAUUCUCGAUUCCCCUGAUAUCAGCCGCAAUGAUCCAUCAGCCUUUGAGAAGUUCUCCCUUCAAGUGCAGUCUUUAGUUGGUCUGCUUAAGACAUUAGGCCAGGAAGGUAGCAUCGAGUUGCAGUGUGGGUCGCAUGUUGCACGUCUUCUCAGUAAACUGCCACCUGAAAGACGGGCCGAUUUCCGCCGCCACAUGUUACACCUGCCGGGAGUGACAUAUUCACUGAUGGAUCUGGCAGACUGGCUCAAAUAUGAAUCUUGGUGCCAAAGUUACGAUGAUCAAACCAUCAGAAAGGAGAGCCGACCCAAAACUGAGUCCCGGGUAGCUCAGCGGUCACGCCGAACCACUGCCACUUUACUGACUGGGUCUGGAAAUAGUUCGGAGGCAAUAGUUACAUAUCCUGCGGCCAAGGAAGAGGAAAGGGCUAAGAGUAAGCUCGCAGUAUAUUGCUUCUACUGUCAAACCUCAGAGCAUGCAUUCAGUCAAUGCCCCAAAAUCCCGACCCUUACCAAAGACCAACUCUCGGAGUGGAUACGCACCAGUCGAAGAUGUUGGCGGUGCGGCCGUGCUCAUCAGGCUGCCCAAUGCGGUUUGAAGAAACCAUGUCCGCUUUGUCAGAGAAAGCAUCUACGAAUUCUUCAUGAGGUCAAUGAGAGGCCGGCCAUUGAAGCAUCCAAAACAGAGGCAUGUCUAGUUAGUUCAGCAACGCAGACAUUGUACCUGAACAAACCAACCAGCAGUAAGAAAGUCUUACUCAAAGUUGUCAGAGUGCUGCUGCAUCAUGGAGAUAACACACUGGACACGUUCGCUAUCCUCGAUGAUGGCUCUGAGCGUACGAUGCUCCUAACAGAGGCCGCACAGAAGCUUGGUCUACAAGGGACUCCAGAAAAUUUAGCUCUGAGAACUAUCAGACAUGAUGUGCAGACUAUCAAUGGCGCUGCAGUUUCAUUUCACAUUUCUCCAUACACCAAGCCAAGUAAACGUUAUUUUAUAUCUGGAGCUUUCACUGCCCCUCAGCUUGAUCUAAUAGAUCACUCUUACCCAAUUCCUAAGCUGCAGAAGCAAUACAAUCACCUGGCUGGAUUACCACUGCCGUGCUUUGAAAGAGUGAAGCCUCUCAUCCUAGUUGGUGCAGAUCAAACCCACAUUAUCUCACCAAUCGAACCGGUGAGACUUGGUCCUGCUGGAGGUCCAGCUGCUAUAAGAACCAAACUGGGAUGGACACUUCAGGGACCUACCAGCUUACUGGAACACAGACUCAAGCCAAACCAAUGUCUACACAUUUGCACUUCACCCUGUACUGCUGAGGUACUCAAGCAUGUUGAAAGGCUGUGGCAAGUGGAUGUUCUGCCAUUUCAGAAUGUAAAAGAGUGCACAAGAUCUAAGCAGGACAGAGAGGCCAUCGAGCUUCUGGAGUCUAAGACUGUUCGCGUAGAGGUGGAGGGAACAAGACGGUAUGCAACACCUUUGCUGCGUAAGGGUGACAUGCCCUAUCUCCACGCCACGAUGGAAGCCGUCAUGCCACGUUUACGAAGUACUGAAAGGAAAUUGGCAAGAGACUCUCAACAGGCUGAAGCUUAUUCUGCAGAGAUUCAGAAACUGGUACAGUCUGGAGCUAUCAAAAGGCUCAGUCCAGAAGAGAGGGACAAAGAUGGUGAAACUUGGUUUAUCCCCCACCACAUGGUAAGUCAUAAUGGGAAGAACCGUGUGGUGUUUGACUGCUCCUUUAAGUUCAAUGGACUCAGUCUAAAUGAAUCACUCCUUGCUGGUCCCACUUUGGGUUCAUCACUCCUUGGGGUCUUACUCAGGUUCCGCGAGCAUGCAGUGGCCAUAAGCGCAGACAUCAAGGGCAUGUUUCAUCAGGUCCGCCUUCUUCCAGAAGAUAGACCUCUUCUUCGGUUUAUCUGGCGUGACUCAAAGGAAGGUGGUGCCCCUGAUGUCUUUGAGUGGCAAGUUCUUCCCUUCGGGACGACGUGUAGCCCCUGCUGUGCUACUUUUGCCUUACAGCGUCACGUGAAAGAACACAGCCAACCCGACGAAGACGUGAGGUUUUCAGUAGAACAAUGUUUCUACGUGGACAACUGCUUACAGAGCCUGCCAUCAAAAGAGGAUGCUAAGCAAUUGGUGGACAAGUUGAGGGGGCUGUUAGCUGAAGGGGGCUUUGAAUUGAGACAAUGGGCCAGCAACGUACCUGCUGUCGUGCAACAUCUUCCAUGUGAAGCCAAGUCAGAUGGUCUUGAACUUUGGUUGGCUCAUGAAAAGAAAGAGGUCCAGGAGUCUACUUUGGGACUUAGCUGGAACUGCCCUUCAGAUGUACUGACAUACCGCCACCGGCCCAUAGUUCAUGGUGCUCCUACCAUGCGGAUUAUUUACAGAGUUUUAGCCAGUCAGUACGACCCCCUGGGGUAUAUCCUUCCAUACACCACCCGGGGAAAGGUGUUGGUGCAAAGGCUUUGGAGUAAACAGCAUGGCUGGGAUGAUACUCAACUUCCACAAGCCUUAGUCCAAAGUUGGAACGAAUGGGAAAGUGAGCUGCCGUUUCUUCCCAAGAUCAGUUUCUCAAGAGCGUACUUACCAGCAUCAGUAGACCAGGUCAGAGCUGCUACAGAUCUUCACAUAUUCAGUGAUGCGUCAGAAAGCGCAUAUGGAGCAGUCGCUUACCUGCGUACUGAAGAUCAGCUUGGUAAGAUUCACAUCUCGUUCGUCCUGGCGCGUUCUAGAGUAGCACCAAGAAGAGUCCUGUCAGUGCCACGUCUAGAGCUCUGUGCUGCUGUAACUGGUGCACAGUUGGCAAACCUCUUAAGAAAGGAGUUAACGUUGCCCAUUCGCCAAACAAUUCUUUGGACAGACUCCACUACUGUGCUGUCAUGGAUACACUCAGAGUCUUGCCAUUUCAAAGUUUUCGUUGGGACCAGGGUGGCUGAAAUCCACGAGCUAACUAACCUCACUGCCUGGCGAUAUGUGGAUUCAGUUCAAAAUCCAGCCGACGAUCUUACACGUGGAAAGACUCUGAGUGAUCUCUCGAAGCCCAACAGGUGGUGUCAAGGACCCCCGUUUCUGUUUAAUCCACCAGAAAACUGGCCAUCAAACCCGACAGAGCGCACUACGAUUGACAGGUCUGAGCUGAAGAAAUCUGCAUUCUGUGGAGUAACAACUACAAAAGAACUAAUUGGCAGUGAGCACAGAACAUGGACAGAACUCAUGGAAACUACUGCACGGGAGCUACAUGGGGCGGCUGGAGAACCAGGGGAACCUACAGCAGGUACUUACCAAGCAGCGGAGACUUACAUCCUCCAGAAGAUACAGGAUGAGAGUUUCCAAGAGGAAUUACAACGACUGAAGACUGGCAAGGAUCUCCAACGAAGCAGUCGCUUACUCACCUUAGCUCCUGAAUAUGAUGAGGCUUCAAAUCUACUCAGAGUUGGUGGUAGGCUGAGGCGUGCUGAAACGUUAGAUCCUGCUGUGAAACAUCCUGUAGUGCUGGAUGCCAAACAUCCCGCUGUGAAGCUACUUCUCCAGGACUAUGAUAAAAAUCUCUGCCACCCAGGCCCUGAUAGGGUGUUUGCAGAAGUAAGACGGCAAUACUGGGUUCUAAGAGGAAGAGAGGCAAUUCGUAGCCUGCAGCAUGCUUGUACGGAAUGCCAGCGUUUGAGAGCCAAACCAUCUGUUCCUAAAAUGGCAGACCUUCCCUUAGCACGGCUGCGUAUCUACAAACCUGCGUUCUAUUCCACUGGAGUUGAUUGCUUUGGUCCCUUCCUGAUAAAGAUUGGCAGACGAGUGGAAAAGAGGUGGGGAAUCCUUUAUAAGUGUCUUACCACACGAGCCGUACACAUCGAUCUUCUGCACAGUUUGGACACGGAUUCAUUUCUGAUGUCACUUCGAAGGUUUAUUGCACGCAGAGGCUCACCUGUGGAGUUACUGUCUGACCAAGGGACGAAUUUCCGAGGAGGAGAACGGGAGCUCCGGGAGGCUUUCCAGUCCAUGUCACAUGAUCUUCAGCAAAGACUCGCUCCACAGAAGAUAGCGUUUCAUUUCAAUCCUCCUGCGUCACCACACUUUGGGGGAGUGUGGGAGAGGGAGAUAAGAUCCAUAAAGAUGGCAUUAUCUGCAACUAUUGGGGCCCAAUCUGUAUCAGAGGAAGUACUCAGGACUGUGUUAAUUGAGGUAGAGAACAUCCUUAAUUCAAAACCUCUUGGGUAUGUGUCUUCUAAUGUGGCCGAUCUUGACCCAGUAACGCCCAACCUUCUUCUCACGGGGCGGCUGGAUAGCUCCUUGCCUGCAGUCAUCUACCCUAAGGAGGAAGGCCUGAGUCAUCGACGAUGGAAGCACUCCCAAGUGCUUGCCGAUCAUUUCUGGUCCUCCUUUAUCCGCCAUUACCUUCCAAAUCUCCAGGUCAGACAUAAAUGGCAUCACACAGGCCCUGAUAUAACCCAAGGCACUGUAGUCAUGAUAAUGGAUCCCCAGCAGCCAAGGGCACACUGGCAGGUUGGAAUGGUAGUCCGAGUGCACCCUAGUCAAGAUUCAAAGGUGAGAUCAGUGGACGUCCAGGUCGAAGGUAAAAUUUAUACGAGACCUGUUGCUCGACUAGUGGUUCUACCUCCAAUUCCAGAAGAGGACAAGGAAGAGCUUCAAACACCCAAUGUAGCCUGAUUAAUGCACACGCAGCCCUCUCAUAAUUCAAAUUGAGCAUGCAAUUUGGGGGCGGCUGUAUAAACGGUUUGCGUGCGCGGCCCCUUUAAGACCGUGCGCGUCCCCUUUAAGCCCGUGCGCGUCAUGAAGAGACUCAGGUGAAUGUGAAGGGAGCUGUGAGGAAGCGCUACGAGCCGUUUCAAGUUCAAGUGUGUGCGUACAUCAAAGAAAGUGAGUUAUUCAUAAUUAAAAUAUUAUACAGAGCAUGUUUAUGUUGCAGUUAUGCGGGAUAUCACUGUUAGGUGAAUUAAACUUGAGUUAUUGAGCUCGUUUAUCGAGUGUAAUGUAUGCGCGAUCCUCCGUGCAUUUCCCGCCAUAUCGAGUUUAUUGUUUGAUUUAUAUUGCUAUUUUGCUAAGUUUUAACACAUUGUUAGUUGCUGUUUAUAUUAGUAUGUGUAUUUGUAUUGCAUAUGAUUGUAAUAUGAAGGUUUAAGUUGAGCAUUUAGAUAAGAUUUGAUAUAUUUUACAGUUAUUACUUCACGCCCAUAUUGUCAAUGCUACUGUGUGGAUAAUAUAAUUUAUUCCUAACUACAUUUAUAAGUACUGGGCUGUAUUAUUCUGUAUUAUUGUGUUUUGUGUAAUUUAUCAUAUCUUAUGUAUAUCUGUUUUGUGUUUUAUUUGUACAGACCACACAUAUACAAACCCUCCUUUCUCCAGUAAAGUUUAAUCAAUAUCUGAAUGGUGCUUGACUCAAUUCUUGGACUCUAAUCGGUUCACCAGGAUAAAGUGUACCUAUCCAACAGUCCUUAAGUCAGUUUUAAUUUCCAAUC